GUAUCAGGGUUAAUAGCGGGUUAAUCAGCUUGGUUUUCUGUAACUGCGUGUUUAUGUUUCAAAUAUGAGCCUUAUACAACCAUCAAAUCAGCAAAUUAGCUGUACAUCUUGUGGUGACGAAGUUUUCUCACUCGUGGAAGAAAAUGGUCGCCCCAAAGAGAGAUGGACACCUCUUGGUGCAAACGCAAGUCCUGAACCUGGUUAUCAUGCUUUUGAAGAGAAUCACAUAAAUAAUGAAUUUGACCAUGAGUCUGAAUUAUCUCGCCUAGCCAUAGAAAAUGAGCAUCUAAACAGCUUGUUGAUGGCUUUUACUUCGCACAUCGCCCAGGUACAAUUUCGUCUAGGGCAAGUAAUAAAUGCUGAGUCUGAUAGCAGAGAGCUGAUGCUUAAAUCUCUCGAAGAAUUUGCUUCCAGAGGAAUCCCUGACCUGCAGUCACUGGAGGAACAAUGCAGUAAACUAUCUUCGGAAUCCAGGGCAUAUACUUCAAGUUUAGAUGGACGGCCUCAGAAAAUGAUUGAACAGCUGAAAAGACACCUUGAUGACCUAGAGAGAUUCGCUUAUGAGACUGGUGAACAAAGUGAACCACCAACUCAGGCUAUUCUAGAAAAGCAGCGUUUAGUACUAGAAGGUCUACGAGAGAAACUUGAAUUGAAUAUUUCCAAUGUGGAUAAACUUCCAGCCGCUGAACUGCAACAAGUUGUAGACAAGGCUGUCAAUCAAUUUUUAAAUCCUGUAAAAGUUAACGAAAAACUUGUGGAGCAGUUGAAAACUCAGGUGAAUGAUUUAGAACGAUUUAUCGAUUUUCUUCACGGAUCUGGUGCAUGCAGUGAUAUUUUAGCUAAAGCAUUAGCUGAUUUCAAGCGUACACACCAACAGUUAUCCGCCAAUAAUGAAAUACCAUCGUGUUGUAAUUAUUCUAAUAAAUCACAUACACAAAAUAAUGAUAAUAAUGAUAACGAUGAUCUAGACAAUAGUAGCACAUUUUCAUCACAUAUCCAUCCUGGUGUGCAAUUAGGACAUAGUCGUCACCUUCAUUCAGAUUAUCAACAUAAUCAUUUGUAUGAUUAUGUUGAUACCUAUCUAGAGGAUAUGACCACAACCGAAGAACAAGAAUUGAGACGUGGAAAAAAUAAAAAACGUGAUAUCAGGAAAUCUCGAUUCACUAUCAUUAACCUUAUUCAACGAGCUAUCACCCUGCUCAAUCUGUUUGCAGCAAGUCAACUGGGUCAAGAUCCUGAUACAUUACUGACGAAAUUCAACAUGAAUAAACAUUCUACUCAUAAAGUUGACAAAUCAAAUUCAUCUACGGUAGAGAAAGCCAAAACCCAACACUGGGGAACAAUUCGAGCUCGUCUUGAAAUUGCUAUAAAUAUGGUUCAAGAAAAAGUAGUUACUCUUAACACAUAUAAACUAGGUAAAACAUCAACAGUCAAUUUAUACUCUACAUAUCAUACAAUGCCAAAUAUAAUUCACUCAUGUACAACAAAGUCAGAAAUUCCUAAUACGGUUCCGUCUGGACGUGAAAGUCCAGAUGGGAAAGCUAGUAUGCCCAUAUGUGGUAGUACGAUUAGAUCCUAUGCAUCACUACGUAAAGGUUUUAGUCAGGAUGAAGUUCCCGGUACUCAAAUCGCUUUACCUGUGCAGAAUUUACAUGAUGCCAGUUUACGUGCGUUGUUAUAUGGUGGAAGACCAGAUAGAAUAUUUUCAAAUCCAACUUUGUAUAACGAUAAAAAUGAACUCACUUCAUGCACAGGAGAUAUGGAUGACACAGAAAGCGGCUCAUGUGAAACAUCGGAGUUUCUGUAUCCUGAAGCGGAACGCGCUGUGGUGCAUGUUGUACGUCGAUACCUCUGUCCUGCUUUACGUGAUCUUAUUGAACAUGGUCUUAUAAAGAAAGCUUUACAGAAAGCUGAUGAAAAUUCACCUUUGGGUUUAACAAAUAAGCGAAGCAUUUUACUACUUCGUCCUAUCCUGAACUGUUUAGACUCAAGAUCGAGAAAUCACUCAGAAGAUAAAUUUGAAUGCUUAGAUUUGAACAAUCUAUCAAGUGAUUACAUUGAUACAAACUCUUUUUCGGGGUCCCGUUCUAAUUGUAUAGGAAUCCAUGCGUGGGAUGUAUUAAUGCGUUUUUAUCAGAUUAAGAAUGGUCCACGGUAUAAUGAGUCUCCGGUGAGAAAACUUUGUGAAAGCUUCGAUUUAGAUACAAUUGAUGGUAAAACAAUCACGAAUCGUCAGAAAUUUUUCAGUGCAAUGGGUAAUGUUCUUCAGGGUCACGUGGCAUACAAACGCAGUAAAGAUGCCAAGUUCAAAGCAUUCAUUAGUAUUGCACUGAAUACAAAGUUCACCGGAUACAUAUGCGCCACACAAAUAAUGAGAAUGGGAGGAGAAGGAAGAAGAUGCGUAUAUAUAAAGGAAGGAAAAAAAAGGAGAAGAGUAAUGAUGGGGGGAACUGAAAUGUACAACCAGAAAAGCUCUCUCAGUUAGGAAAGUUAGAACCACUCUUUGUGAAGAAAGUAGAAGAAGAUUACAGCAGGAUCGCCACUGGAUUUUAUUCUGAGCCAUAUCUGAUAACGUCUCUAGCCACUGUGUUACACCAUCUCUCGGACCCCAGACAAGGAGUCGUGGAGGACCAACAGAAGCUAGCCCUUUGCAGCUUUCUUUCAUACCACGACACCAUGUCAUGCACUGACCUCCUCUCCGCUUUUUCCAACCAGUCCCAGAGUCGGCAAAUGAUGCACGACGUGGAAGUCUCUGGGACGACAUUCGUAAAACAUGUCCAAGCCACCGAAGUCGGUGUUUCAAGAUGGUGACACCAAUUGAAUUAUCGUCUCUGCACCCGAACACACAAUGCCGAACCUCUGCAUUACUAACAUGGUGUUGCCACUGAAUGUCAGCAAUCCUUCGGAGACAACGAUGAUCGAACACAGAGAGACGUCUAACAUCCUCAACUCGGAGAGUCCAGGUUUCACAAGCAUAGAGCAAAACUGCUCUCACCGACGCGUUGUAGAUCCGACCUUUUACAGCCAGACUAACAUCACGAAGGCGCCAAAGAUGGCCCAGAUUGGCAUAAGCCGCUCUGGCUUUCACUAUACGUUGAUUGAUCUCAUCACUCACGCCACCACCAGCACUUAUGUGGCUACCUAGAUACACGAACUUCUCAACUACUUCAAUCUGCUCACCACCCAGGGUGAGUGCAGGAUGAGAAUCCUGCUAGUGUUGUAGAAGUACUUUGCACUUGGAGGGUGCAGAGCACAUGCCGUACCUGCGGACACUGAUUGCCAACUGAUUAAAUGCGGAUUGCAUGCCUUGGGCAUUAUCGCACAGUAAGACAAUAUCAUCCGCAUACUCGAGGUCGAGAAGUCGUUCUCCAGGCAACAUAUCCACACCGCCAUUACUUACAUCCAUCAGAGCUGUUUCCAGAAUGUCGUCAAUGGCAAAAUUGAAGAGGAAUGGUGAGAUUGGGCAACCCUGCCUAACCCCACUGGUCGAAUGGAACAAGGGAGAAAGGUGGUUGUAUGCCCUUACUCUGCCUGAGGUGUUCGUAUACAGGGCCUUUAAGAUGUUAAUGAACUUCUCAGGCACACCCUUCUUCAAUAGACAAUCCCAGAGAACAGUCCUGUCCAACGAAUCAAAGGCAGUCCUGUUAUCAAGAAACACUACGAUUGUUGGCCUGCGACAAGUAUGACGGUGUUCUAACAUUUGGCGGAGGGUGAAGAUGUGAUCAAUGCAUCCUCGAUCAGAACGAAAACCAGCCUGCUCCUCGCGAGUCAAUCGUUCUCGGGUUUUAAACAACCUACGAAGAAUGACAGAAGCCAAUAGUUUGGACACAAUCGGAAGUAGACAUAUCCCCCGAUAGUUGUUACAGAAACAACGUGAACCCUUUUUAAAGAUAGGGACGACUAUCGACUCAUUCCAUGAUGUUGGGACACUUUCUUGCUCCCAAACCUUUGCAAACAACACAGUCAAUUCCUUAGUCAGAAAGUCACCACCAUCUUUAAAAAGAGCCGGAGGUAAGUCAUCUGGGCCCGGUGAUUUGUAACGUUUCAAGAGUUGAAUAAAUGAAAUGGAACAUUCAAUUAUAUUCAAAUUUAAGUAAACAAUUAACACAACAGCGUUUUUCGAUUGCGUUCGAUUGAGAAUGUCAUUCUCAUAUUAGUAAGGCGUAUUCAGAUUUAUCUCUAGUUGGUUUCCGCUGAUUAUCUUCCUUGCCUUUAUCCUAAAGAUCAGUAAUUUCUGGCAGUAAUAUUCAUUGAAUCUCAUUAUAAUAUCACCAUUAAUUUCAGCAGUCAAAUUACUUGCAAUUUAGUUAAUCCACUAAUCACUACUCACCUAAGUUUGUUGUGGUAUGAGGAAGCCAAUUUCAAAUUCUGGAUAUUUCAUAAAUUUAUUUGAACAUCAUUGUAAAAUAUUUGUUCUUAUAUUGUCAAGAAACUGAUUUAUUUACUUUAAGUGAAGGAAAAUUGGUCCCUUGGCUAAGAAUGAUCUUUCGAAAUCAUGUCUUUGUUCAAUCUAUAUAUGAACCAUGGAGUUAUACUUUGAGUACAGGAUUCAACGAUACUCUACAGUCAUUAGUUAAACUAAAGGAUUUUGAAUUCGCUCUGCCUUAUGAUUAUAGUAUCCGUCAUUUAAAAGAAAUGCAUGAUGCCUUCUAAACUGCGAAAUGUAUUUGUAAUGUGAUGUCCUUUUUUCGUUUCGUCUUUUUUUCUUCAUAUCCAGUGAUCAGUAUAUAAACUAACAAAGAUCAACAUUUUGUUGUUUAUCAUUUGUCUGAACCUGUAGGCAUUUCUUAUAUAUAUCUACCUAUAAUAUCUUAUAUAUAUCGUAUUUGUAAUAUGUUUGUUUAUUUCUUUUGUUGACGUAUUAUCUCACCUGUAUUUUUUGUCGUCCAUCAUAAGCAUUACAAUUCAUUUAACUCAUGUAUUAGCAUUUGUUUAUACGUAUAUUUAGAGCGUGUAUUUUGAUCUAAUCAACCAUAUUAUUGUCUACUUUUGAUCGAAAAAUGAUGAUUGUUGUAUAAUAAACAGAUCUACUGCAGAUAUAUUUUGAAUUCUUUGUAUUAUGUUUACAAAAAGAUUUCAUGUUUAUUUAUUUCCAUAUUUUUGAGAUUUAAUCCGUAUCUUGUUUUGUAAUUAUGAAAAUUAUUUCGAUAAUUCUCUCUAUUCUGCUUUUUUCUGGUGAAAUUGUCAGGCAUAAUAGUAUAACGGACAGACGAUUUUGAUACUGUCUAAGGAUUAAUAUUGUAUGUUAUGUAUUGAAAAACUCAUAGUGUUUUCUACUGAGUGAUUUCAUAGUUAGUGGAUGCACUUGGUAAAACAGCACGAAAAUCGACAAAGUAUUGAAUUGUUAUAAGUCUGUCGGUACUAUUACUAAACAUGAUAACAGCUGCGGAGGUUAUUGGGGUAUUUGGGUCAUAUAAACAACAUGGAAUCACUUACCUGUUAACAAAUGUACUGAGUUACCAAGUUAACGUUUUCCACCAAGACUCAAAGCUAUUUAAUUCUACAUCAAACGUAGUGCUAAAAGCAUCGAACUUCAAAAUAAUGAUUAUCGAACAUCUUGUUUUUCAUCACAUGACAAAUGUAGAAUCAUUAACCGGUAAACACACCGUAAAGUACAUCCCCACUGAGGUAUUUAUUUCCCACGUAAAUCACUGUGUCCUUUAUGGUAUUAAUGUCAACUAUUUGUUUCGGACCUCGACAGGGCAUAAAUAAACUUUAAACGUUAAGAUUUGUUUGUUUUUUUCACUUAAGUAAUCAUUUAUUAUUCCUCAAAGAUGAUGUAUUUUUCACUGAGAUUCCACUGAUUAU